UGGCAGAAGAGCAAAGCAAAAUUUUGCCCCAAAGAACAUGUGGUUUAUUCUGAUGAGAGCAAUAUAAGGACAAGUGUUUUACCUUAUGAUCAGUAAGAUCAAGAGAGCAAAACUCUUAGAAACUAGAAACAAUGAGUUAAAAUGAAAAAACUGAAAAAAACCCAGGUGUUAUGAGGAAAUUGGUAUGUUGGUCUAAGAGUAGAUACAAAAGAAGCUGUUGUGAGUAAUAAGAGAGAAGUUUGGAGCUUAUAAGGAUGGCGAGUGUGUAAUACAAGUUAACUAACAAAAGAGUUUAUGGAGGAGGGAGAAGGAAUUCCAAUUUCUCAGUCACGAGAUGAGGAAACACUGCCUCAUACACUUGCUGCAUUACACACAUGCUUCUGAAAGGGCACGUUUCCCUUUUAGACAUGAAGAGACUUGUCAUAGGAAAAGAGAUGCUAAAAUGUGAUUAGGAGAAGAGGUCCUGAAGAACUAACAGAUGACAACCCAUCAUACUACAACAGGGGGUUUUAUUGCACCCAGGCUGGAAUUAUCUCAAGAAUACCACUGGAGUGGACAAUGAACAACAGCACUGAGUGCCAUGAUGAUCACACACUGGAUAAGUAUUUGUUUCCAUUUGUGUACAGCAUUGUGAUGAUGAUCAGUAUUCCCAUCAACUGUAUAUCCCUCUAUGCAUCUUAUGUUCAGGUGAGGAAAAAGAAUGAGUUAGCAGUCUACAUCUUUAGCCUGUCCCUGGCUGACCUUUUGUACUCUUUGAUUCUGCCUCUGUGGAUUGAUUAUGCUUGGCAUGGAGAUGACUGGAGGUUCUCUGCCUUGCUGUGUCAGAUUUUUGCCUUCCUUAUGUAUAUGAAUUUCUACACCAGCACUGCGUUCCUUGCUUGCAUCUCUCUCGACAGGUACCUGGCAUUAGUUCACCCCUUGAAGCUCCAGUACUUGCGCACAAGAAGAUUUUCAUUGAUUGUCAGCAUAAUUGUUUGGCUUCUGGAAAGCAUCUCUAAUUCAGUCAUACUGGUAAAAAAAGAAGUAUUCAAUGACCCUUGCAAUUUCACUAAUCAUACACUAUGCUAUGAUAACUACCCCCUGGAAAGGUGGCAGGCGAACAUAAAUUUAUUCCGAAUAUGCUCAGGAUACUUGGUCCCUUUGAUAAUCAUUGUGUUUUGCUACCAUAAAAUCUACCAAGUAGUGAGGUAUAACCAAGCCACAGUAGAUGAAGAAAAGAAAAAAGUGAGGAAACUUAUUCUGAACAUCACAGUUAGUUUCAUUGUUUGCUUCACUCCUUAUCACGUUGUAUUGUUUAUCCGCAGCAUCAAAGAACCUUCCACCUCUGACCCACAUGAUUUGUUGUCGAUGUAUAAGGUUUACAGAAUCACACAGGCCUUAACAAGUUUGAAUUGCAUUGCGGAUCCCAUUCUGUACUGCUUUGUGAGUGAAACUGCACGAACAGAGAUAGUGAAUUUGCUCAGGUGUUGCUUGUGCCUACAAAAGCGUGAGGAAGACCAAGUGAAAAAACAUGCUCUGUGCACUUCUGCUACAAAAAACACUGCACUGGUCACUUACAGAACUUCCUGUGAAACACUGAGUGUCAAAAUUUCCUGAAUGAGCACAUGCAAAGGAAAACUGGAUAACCUAAAAGGAAAAGAAAGAAAAAUUCUUCUGCAGUCUGUACCUAGGAAAUUCCUCAAAAGUCAGAGAUACCAGUCUAAGCAAAACCAGUAGCUGGAGCCAAUAAGAACUCAAUACAGGGUCAAUGAAAUCAAUGGAGGAUCAACAUGUAUCUUUAAAUCACGUAUGGUAUAUAAAUCAGUGACAACAAACAAAUGCACAACCAAGAAGGAUGCCUGUGACAUGCUGACUCAAUUACUGAGGAUACCCCCACAGAACUGUCUCCUGUUGCAGCUUGCUAGCCAGCCUGCUGCAAUGUACUAAGCUGGAGGAAGGCUGAAAUCCUCUUUGUCCUGAUUAGCAAAGGAGCAGACAGAGUGUGGUAAAUUUCUCUGUAAUUUCAUGGUGUUAUUUUUGCUGCUAUGAUGGUUCCUAUGUUUCAUUAAAGAAUCAAAUUCUUCUUUAGCAUA